AGUGCAAAAUGCUCAUCACCGCAGCUUCGUCGCAUCACUGAUCUCCUUCGACCAAGUCUCAUUCAAAUGACGUGAUGAGCCUAUUAUUACGUAAUUAUCAUACAAAGUAUCUUUUUGUACUGCCCCAGACUUUAUUUCCGGGUUCAAAAUUUUCUUUAUUAUUUUUCUUGGACUCAUUCGGCGGAGAAGUGUUCUUUUAUUCUGCUCAUUAUGCGUAUGUAGGUUUCAGGAAGACUAUUUACCAAGGAAGGUUGUGGAAAACCGUAUCAUCAAACUUUAUCUGACAAGGGUCUUCGGAGGAGGAAAUACAUUCUAUCUCUCUACGUCACAAUGGUUUCAAUCACUACGUCACAAUCACAGAUGAAGAAGCAGAAAUAACCGGUCUCAAGGAACUGAUAGUGUAUGAUUCAUGUUGAAGUAUAUCGCCAAAAAAGUAGAAUCAAUCACUUUGGGAUUUUACUCUCUAAGUCGUUAAGAAAUCACCGGCCAUAAAUUCUGUUUUGAGUGAAAGUGGAAGUCGUUUUAACUUGUAAAAAUUUUCAUCGUGAGUCGCCAUGGAAAAUAGUUAUUAUUGACCUAGAAAUUGGAAACCAAGAUACUUUAGACUAUUCAUUUUGAAACUUUAAUGAGUUUGUCGACAUCCCGAAAGGAGACUCGGAUAUAACCCCGUUUAUGUUAUUGCUGGACCAGUGGACCUACAAUACCUCAUGAUAUAUAUUUCUCCUCAGUGUUUCGUAUAAUAACUUUUAUAAACAUCAGUAUCAGGGCGACAGCUACCUCAAGCAGGAUAUAGCAACAUAUACAACAAUGCCUUAGAAUUCCAUCUUCAGAUUGGAAAAAAGCAGUACUACAUGACAUCAAAUUAAAGAAUACGAACGGAUUUCCGGAAGUUAUUUUCCUCCCUUUAUCAUUCUCAUUUUCGUUCGCAUUGCCUUGGAAACGGAUAAUCAUUAGAAUAUCUUCAAAAAAGCAUAUACGUAUAGCAUCCAUGCGUUUGUUUUGAAUGGGAAAUAUUAUUUUAUUGUAGUAUAUAAUUGCGUUUACAUCAAGUGACUCAAGACGGGGCUCAAGAUCGCUGGCUGCACGUUCGAAGCAACUCGGUGUGAACGAACUCUACCCUUUGGAAAAACUGGAAAUGAAAAGAGGAAGGGGGAUGGGGGCCCGGCGGAUGAUAAUCAUGAUGAUUCUUGUUUUCAAUGCGUUUCGAUCUGAUGGGCUUAUUUACGAGGCUCGGGUGAACCAGAUAUGCUCUUUCGAAUUCAACGAAACGGCGAUCGGCAGCUUGGUCAAUCAAAAUUGCUUCAUAACGAGUCUCAAUUACGGUGUUGCAGUGGCAGCAGAUAGAAAUGAGAACAUUCUUUUUUAUUCAGACAUCAGUACCCUCGAGAUCAGGUCUUAUAACACGGAGACAUUACCCAAUGGUAAAGGGGACAGGAUACUUUAUGGGUUCGGCAGUGUAGAAGAUAUGGCAGUUGACUGGGUAGCCAAGAAUCUUUACACAGCCGACCAAUCGUUUCGUCAGAUCGCUGUUUCGAGGUAUGAUGGUAGUAUGAGGGCGGUCCUCAUCCAAGAUGAUGUGGGCAAACCGAGGAGCAUUGCACUGCAUCCAGAAAGAGGAUUAAUGUUCUGGGCUGAUUAUGGUGGAUUACCGAGCCUGGAAAGGGCUAACCUCGAUGGAAUGGAUCGGACGACGAUUGUCGACGCGAACAUUCAAUUCCCCAACGGACUCGCCAUCGACUUCGACAAUAGCAUUAUCUAUUUCGCAGACCGUGGAAGCGAUAACAUCGCCUCGGUGGAUUUUGACGGCGGAAAUAGACAGCUGGUCCAUUAUCAGUAUGGGGGUGAUUUCUUUGACAUGGUUCUCGUGAGGGACCAUCUUUUUGUGACGAGCUGGACAUCAGGACAGGCAGGUGGUCAUAUCACGACUAUUAGUAAUGUGAGCGAUGCCAACCAGGCCGUCGACUUCGAGAUCAUCGACCACAAUACGUUCGCACUCGGCAUUACUGCAGACGACGAAGACACGCAACCAGUCAUAUCGAGUCCAUGCAGCACAAACAAUGGCGGCUGCCAAGAACUCUGCUUUCCACUUGCUAACGCAGAAUCCUCAUGCGGUUGUUCGUCUGGUUUUACGCUCAAUGGCGUGGCGUGUGAAUCGACUCCUUACGAAGACGACUUCGUGCUAGUGGCCGACAGCGCCCAGAAGAAAAUAUUUCAGGUGCCCAUCGUAAUGGACGCCCCCGACGGUGAUACGGGAUUGGGCAACCCCGUUGAUGACAGCGUCAAGGCAUUGCCCUUAGACGAUCUCGAGUACCCGAUCGCUAUGACCUAUGACCCCGUGCUCAAACACGUCUAUUGGACGGAUCUAACUUAUGGGAGUAUCACCAAGGCAGCGAUUGACGGUAGCUUUAAACAGACAAUAGUGUUUGAUAAUAAUGUCCAUGUUGGUAUUGCUAUCGACACCGCACGGAGACGCAUCUAUUGGACAGAUGAGGAUCGUGACGUCAUUGAAGUUGCCAAUUUGGACGGGAGCGGGAGACAGAUUAUCAUUCAAAAUUCCUUGAACGAGCCUCGAGGAAUAACAGUGGAUAUCCAAACUGGCGACCUCUAUUGGACGGAUUGGGGCAGUGCUCCUAAGAUCGAGAAGGCAUCAAGUUCAGGCACAAGGCGGGAAAUCCUUAUCACGGAGAACCUCAACUUUCCAAAUGGAAUCACCAUCGACCCUACGGAGCGAAUCCUUUACUGGUGCGACUCUAACCAUCCGGAUCAGAGCAAGAUUGAGCAGUACAACCUGGUAACCCUUGAAAGAUCCACCAUAGCUACCCUUCCAUCCCCGUCCCAACCCUAUGGCGUCACCAUCCAUGGUGACUUCAUCUAUUGGUCAGACUGGGUUAAGAAUGCUGUUUAUCGUGUUGAUCGCUUCGUAGACAAUCCCUUGUCUGAGGUCGUCGGUGAGGGCGUCAUGCUCGGCAUGCAGGGAAUCGUCUCAUCGCAAAUCUUUGAAGUUGUGACGACAGUAGCACCUCCAGUUACCCAACCUGACAUAGGAGGGCAAGAAAGAAGCGCCGUCAUCCCCGCUGUAGUCGGAGCUGUAAUCCUCGUGGUUGUUAUCAUCAUCGCAGUCAUUGUCGGAGUCUUAUGCUUCAGAAGGUCCAAGGAAAACAGGAGUUUGGCGCAGGGACACCGUGGAGGGCAGUCUAAUGACUACAGGGCGCGACCGGCGCUACCCAAGUGCGCCGAGGAACCCCCUCCACUCCCCGGCGGUCAUCCGAACGACGACCCUCUCUAUAUGGACCUGGACGCUUUCAAAAAAGACCCGCCUCCACCUUACACCGAACUAAACCUGAACCAGGCCGGAGGCUCGGGAGAACAGUCGUACGAAAAUCCGUCCUUCGACGCGGGGGCCGCGAACGGAAACAUAUCACCAUCGCCGACCCUCUACGAUAUGCCCGACGGAAUGGCGCCCCCGCCUCCGGGUGUGAGCAAGGAUCAGAUGGCUGCGAGCGGUGGUUACGUCCCUUACCUAAAGAACAACGCCGAGCAAGAAGGGUUUUAUAUGACACCGGAUGGGACAGCGGGAACGACGGACUCGUUGUAUGAAGUUGCCAACGCGUAACCUUAUCCGAUAUUUGCAAAGCACAAUUAUCUUUUGACUCUUUUGUCUUUGGGAUUUCCCCUAUUUAUUGAAGAACAAAAUAUCCUUCGCCGUCAGGCAGAAUGUCGAAGAAUCGUCAUCACUCCGCCAUUGACUGUAUCUUCUGUCUUCCAGGAGAGUGUUAGCAUUUAUGUCCGACAAGUUGUCAGAUCUGACUAAUUUCAUUAUUUUUGGAUUGGCUAAGAGGCAUUGCUUUUAUACUUCCAUAGUAACUGUCGGAUAAUUUUGUCACAUAAAAAAAAUCAAAGUCCUUUCAUGAAACGCUCCCCCGAGCAAGCGAUCAUGAACGUGGUGAAGGAUUCAUGAAUACACCAUUCGGAAGCCGUAAUUUGAGAAUCUAAAGGGAUAUUAUUUUCGUCGAGCUGAAUGGACAUUUUUAUUACUUCACUGUUGUGCGAUGUUGUAUAAAACAAUAUUGUCAUGGUAUUUGGAUAUAGGUUCCAAUCUAACUGUAGUUUACGCUGGUCGUAUUAUUUACUUAGACUUUUUAAAUGUUGUUACUAGAAAUAAGAUUUAUAUUCAUGACAAUUCAUACUAAUUAACUUGACAUUUUAUUGUUAUAUUUUGUACACUGCACAUUAUUUUCGUCAUAUUUUAAACACAUCUUUUUAUGUAAUAUUUCCAGAGCCUAUAUGAUACAAAAGAGCUGCGUUUGGCUUGGAGAGAUGACGUGUAAUUGCAAAUAUUUCGGCAACUUGCCCCCUUGACAUGCCUGAUGAGUCUGGAUAAUGUCAAUUCUAUGUGAAAUGAGUAAUUGGAUACAUUUGUAUCAAGGCAUAUGAUAUACAUGUAUACGAUAUUGUGUAUAAGAAGUUCAGAACAAAUCGAUAUAUCUUGCACUGACUAAAGAGAAACUUGAACAUUUAAUAUACUGAUAUAAUAUAAUUUUUUUUCAAAAA